CUAUAGGUGGCUCUAUGGCCAUCUCCGCAGAUGCCACACUUUGGAGAUUGGCCAUCAGGAGAGGGGCAUUUGUCGGAUUUGUGCUGGCCAGCACAGACGGAGCAGAGCGGGGGAAGGCAGCAGUACCUGGCUGUAUGGCCAAAGAGGAGGCAGUUUUUGCUUUGGGGAAUCUCCCUUUGCCUCUCGACGCGUACCUCCUGGCUGCCUAGGACCUUAAUUUUAAGUAUUUUAAGCUUCGCAUUCAAGAUGGCAAAUCUAGCACCUCGUUCCCAUCUGGGCUGGUUAUCAGUUCGAAUCAUAUCGAUUCAUGGCGUCAUUGCAGUUGGCAAAAUCAUUGAGGCAGCGCUCUUAUUGUCAGGAAAAUUCCCUCUUAUAGGCAAGAAGGUCCUUAAAUGUAACCGUCUUUCACAAUCCAUACAAAUGCAAAUUUCAUGGGGCCGAGCAUCAACUAGCUCGCGUUACACAAUUCCUCCAGAGAGCUUUUGA